GUUACAGUAGCUACACUGCUGUAGAUCUAAAAGGCAAAUCUCCUCUGUCGGUCGUCUCCCUCCUCAAAAACCAAAAUGGCUACACUCUUUCCACUUCUCUUGUUUGCCAGAAUUUCAGGACUCAUAGUUGCAGCUCUGGUGCUUUCAUGGGCUCUUGCUUUCAAGUCCAGUUUCAUCCCCCAUUCUUCUUCACAAGAACAGUUAGUUUACGCGGUUCUUCAUCCUUUGUUAAUGGUGAUCGGUUUGAUAGUCGUAAGCGGAGAAGCUAUUUUGAUUCACAGGUGGUUUCCUGGUUCUAGAAAUUUGAAGAAAUCAGUACACCUGUGUCUUCAAGGAGUAGCUUUGGCUUGUGGGGUGUUUGGGAUUUGGACGAAGUUUCAUGGGGAGAAUGGGAUUGUAGCUAACUUCUACAGCCUGCAUUCUUGGAUGGGAUUGAUCUGUAUUUGCCUCUUUGGAGCUCAGUGGAUGAUGGGAUUCAUGAGCUUUUGGCACAGAGGAGAGGCACGGGCAUCAAGGGUGAGAGUGUUGCCAUGGCACAUAUUCCUCGGUCUAUAUGCAUACGGGUUAGCCGUGGCCACGGCAGAGACAGGGCUCUUGGAGAAGCUGACCUUGUUGCAAGCAAAUAGGAAUUUGCCUAAACAUUGCCCUGAGUCCAUGGUUGUUAAUGGUCUAGGCCUGGGCUUGGCUGUGCUCGGUGGUAUUGUAAUAUUAGCGGCUGCUUCCCCUAAAGGUCACUCUUUUCAAACCAAACUCAUUUACGCAUCCUCCCAUGCCAAUCCCUUAUCUUCUUCAUGAAUCUUUACCCGUAUUAUUUAAUUUUCUGUACAUAAAUUACCAUUCCUCAUCACUGUACCAGAGGUAUUGUUUCUGUUUUCUGUUUUUUUUUUUUUUUUUUUU